CCACGCCAAGGACGGGAAGGCACAUGGUCCGUGUAGUUCAUGCAUUCUCUGAUUGGCAAUGGUCUUUGUAAUCGCAAUGAUACAACUAUUGUAAAGCUCACCUCGACAGCACAGAAGUCUCAAUAAUGUUCGCUAAAUUUGUCCGGCAGUGCAUUCCAGUUGCUUCGAGAGGAAAGAACACGUACAAUAGAUGGCCUGGAGAGCGCGACGCAAUUUGGCGAGCAGGUAACACGCUUGGGCGAACGUUGGUCUCUCCGAGGUUCGACAGUCUUAAACUACCGCCGUUUGAAAAGAACUUUUAUGCGGAGAGCGAAGUGACAGCUGCGCGAAGCGAGACAGAUGUGAGUGCGUUCCGCACAGAAAACGAAAUAACUGUGCAAGGCCACGGUCGAGAUCGUGUGCCGAAGCCCAUUCUAACGCUUGAAGAGUGCAACUUCCCACCAGAAUGCCGUCCCCUCUUUGAGCGCAAGAGCAUUACACAGCCGUCGCCCAUACAAGCGCAGGCAUGGCCAAUAGUUAUGAGUGGCUGCGAUUUGGUCGGCAUCGCCCAGACUGGCUCCGGAAAAACGCUGGCGUACGUGCUCCCUGCGGCCAUUCACAUGUCGCACCAGCAGCAACCACGAGGAGAGGGACCGAUUAGCGUGGUGCUGGCGCCGACGCGCGAGCUUGUCCAGCAGAUCUCGCAGGUAGCGUAUGAAUGGUGCGAAGGUGCGUUUGGCUUGACAGGCACGCCAGUGUACGGAGGCGUCUCAAAGGGUCCUCAGAUUGAGCGGCUCCGACGGGGCGUGCAUAUGUGUGUAGCGACACCCGGCAGACUUCUGGAUAUCUUGGAGACAGGUGCUGUGAACCUACUACGCUGUACCUUUCUUGUCUUGGACGAGGCGGACCGCAUGUUGGACAUGGGCUUCGAGCCACAGAUCCGCAAAAUCAUCGAGCAGAUCCGACCAGAUCGGCAGACCGUCAUGUGGAGCGCUACUUGGCCUAACGAGGUGCGCUCUCUGGCUCAAGAGUUUCUGAUCCCUGAUCACGUGCAGGUCACAGUAGGCUCGACAGACCUGUGCGCUAACCACAACAUUAAGCAAGUCAUCCACGUAUGUGAUCAGUUUGAGAAAGAAAGCAAGCUGCUGAACAUUCUACAGGACAUCAUGGAGGAAGGGGAACAGCGGACACUGAUCUUUGUUGCCCGCAAGUCGAGGGUGGUGCACCUGCUGCAGAAACUGCAAAGCAAGGGCUUCCGAGCUGUGGCCACUCAUGGUGACCUAUCACAGAGCAAGCGGGACAUUGCACUUGAUCGUUUUCGCAGUGGUGCCACUCCGAUCAUGGUCGCUACUGAUGUUGCUGCAAGGGGCCUUGAUGUGAGUGACAUUAAGUAUGUCAUCAACUAUGACUACCCGGACACAUCAGAAAGCUAUGUGCAUCGGAUUGGCCGCACGGGUCGCAGUGACCAAGAGGGCACUUCCAUCACCUUAUUCACUCCUGACAAUGCUGCACAGGCUAAGCAGCUUAUUGCAGUACUACAGGAAGCUCAUCAAGACGUGCCAGAGGAACUGCAGCAGCUGGUGAACUUGCAUGUCUCAAAACGAGACAUUCAGAGAAGCACCAAGAAGGCAAAGCAUCAGCAAAGUUCAUGGAAGCGGCCUCGGCACAACCGCUAUGAAAAUGAAGUGGCAGAGACACGUGGUUGGGGUUGACAUUCCUUGAUGAAGCCUAGCAGGCUUUAUUGUUACGUAGACAGUAUAUAGCUUUUGUUAGUAAACUAAAAACCCAUAGCAUCCCAAAAACAGCACUUGAUGAGAUGCCCUCAAAUAUGGGUCAUGCUGAGAGUGAUUUGCCUGUUAGAUAGGCAACUCAGUUUGUGUGCAUGCACUUCAGCUACGCAUUACAUGCCAAAAUGAACUGUCAUUCAGAGUAGGUGAAAAAAGGCAGACUUUGAAUGCUGAGUACUGUUUUAAAGUUUCUCUAGCUCUGUAAAUAAAUUAAAAAAGCCAUCUAGAAGGCAUCUUGCAAUAAAGAAGUUCUGUGUAAUGUCA